AUGCCAAACUACUACAGCUACCAAGGCCUCAAUCCUUCCGCCUUGAACAGUGCAAGCGCUGCUGGACACUGGGAAGACCCUGCAGACUGGCCGCGCACUUUCUACUAUGUCUCAGCUGCUGACGGAACCCAACAGGGCAUUCACCCACCAGCACCCGUCUAUCAGUCGAACCAGGCUUCUCAGCCAGCCAUGUACUACUUUGCCGUCGGUAUUCCCGUGCUCCCUCUCCUUGCUCUGGCUAAUUUGCACCAGGGCAAUUCAUCUGCUCCCGCAGGCUACUACGCGAAUGGACUCUACUAUGGGACUGCUCCUCCUACUGCAACAUCUGGUUGGCCUUACACCUGUUACCCAGUUUCCACUGCCCCUGUUGCCAGCCCUGCCUGUGGUACGUUCGCCUACUCACCAUAUUACACAGCACCUUACCAAAUCCCAACCACGACCGUUGUACCCUGGAUGCAGACCUCAGCAUCAGCUCAAGCUGCUGCAGCCGUUGCCGCCAACGCAGCUCUUCAGCAAAUGCCAAAUGCGCCUGCCUUCUUUGUUGGAGCCACCGCCACCGAGAUACAAGCCCAGAACGCCAUCCUAGCUGCCCAUCUUGCUGCCACACAGUCUCAGCCAACCAUGCUUGCUCCAUACAAACCAGGUUCGAGCCCACAAUUCUGGUGCAAAGAGUUGGACGGAAGUUGGACAUUGCGAGAGUAUGCCGACACCUUGAAGGGUGACUUCCCAUCGGGUCAUUGGGAGCGCCAUGGAACCAGCGGUUACUAUUACUACGUUCGUCACUCCGGCUGA